AUGUAUCUCCAUUCAUAACUAAACCCAGUGUCUGUUAGCAGUGAGAAUUCCAAAUAACGCUCAUGUUCUAUGCAAUCCAAUCGACCCACUAUUACAAGGUAGUUAUCGCACAAUUAAUCCAUCAUUGACACUGUCAAUAAGAAGAUGACCUCAGAAACUAAGGAGAAUAAGUUCGUCUCCAUCAAUCAACAUGAGUAAGUCUCGGAUUUCAAUUAAAAAAACUCAAAAGAACAGCAAACUCUGAUCAAUUUAUAAAAUAAGGUUACUAUUUUGAUAGAGGAGAAUUAAAAACUCAUCCUUAUUAAUGAGUAAUUGAUGUAAGAGUUAGAAAAAGCUAAGAUUGCUUAUGAAACCAAUAAUCAGACUGUAUUAUUAUAAUCAUUAUAAAGAGAAACACAAUCACUCUAACAAACAGUUAUGUAAUACAAAAAAAUCAAUAAUUAACAAUCUUAAUAAGUCUUAGAAUUGCAAUAAAUACUCAAUGAGAGAGAAGAAUUGAAUAUAGAAUAAAAAUCUAUAACAAAUCAAUAACUCAUUGAAUCCUAAUAGACAAAUAAGAUAUUCAAAGAGCAAUUUCUGUAAUUGGCAUAAAAAUAUCUGCUAAAAUGCUUUGAAAUAGAGAGAUUGCAAACUGUUGAAAAAGUGUGGUCAGAUAAAAUCACUAUUGUGUUAAAGGAGAAUGAGAAUUUGAAUCUAAUGGUAUAAUAGCGAUUGAAUGAGCAGAUACAAUUGCAAUAAUAGUACAAAUAGCAAAAUGAAUUAAUACUCAAAUUGGAAUAAGAGAUAGUCUCACUAUAAUAAUAGCACAAAGACUAGAACUACAUCAUAAAUAAGAAGUAUUAAGAUCAAAUUCAAAUGAUUGCAGAUCUGAAUAAAUAGACUGAGUAAAGAAAUGAAGAAAAUAAGAAAUUAAAUGAAUUGUUGCAACAAUAAGAGUACAAGUGGAGAUAAUCCUGCAUCGAAUUCGAGAAGGAGAUGAAGCAAUCUUAUUCCAAUAAAUUGAAUAUAGAGAUCAAACACUAAGUUUAGGUUAUUCACGACGAUUAUUAGAAAUCGUUAACGAAUUAUGCUUAAACAAUAGCUGUUUUGUAGGGUCAAAUGCAAAUUUUAUAGAAGUAGAAUGAGUAGCUCCACAAAGCAAAUUCUUAAAAUUCCAAUUUGAAGGAAUGGAAACAUGAGAAGCAAUUGUACUUUGAAAUAAUCUAAGAAUUGCAAUAGAAAGUAACUGAAUUGACAAGUUAAUUGUCUACGAUAUUGAAUUACAAUACAAAUUAUGUUAGUGAUUACAAUAGUUUAGGAAUCUAGGAAUAAUUGAAUAAAUUGGAAGAUUGUUAAAAGUACAAUUAGAAGAUGUAUAAGAAAUGUUAAUAAAUAUUUAACUAAAAAUUUUAUGUUUGA